AUGUCGAAUCUGAACCCCAACGCGCCAUCGUUCCCGGUAUCCAACUACCAGCCGAACACGACGCACAACAAGCAAGGCUACAACAACGGCGGUGGCCCCAGCGGCGGCGGCGGCACGAUGCAGAACGAGCGUUACGGCGGAGGGAUGAUCUACGACAACAGCAACUACCACCAGGGCGGCGGUGGUGGCUACGGUCCUGGCGGUGGCAAUCCUGGCGGCGGCUACGGGCAAGGCGGUGGCUACAUGAGCAAUGGUCCACAGCAAGGGUACCCGUCGGGUCCUCGCAUGGGUCGCAACCAUCGCCAACCGAAUAUGCCACAUAGCCAGUACCAAAACCUCAAUGGCAUGGUGGGCGGCAGCGGCGGCGGUGGUGGAGGCGGUGGCAGCAUGCUCGGCAACUACUGCGGAAUGCCUGCCCCGUAUCAGCAAGUAGGCGGGAUGGACAUGAACGGUGGCUAUGACCAGCAGCCACAGCAGCCACCACAGCAGCAGAUGCCGAUGCAACCUCGGAUGCACAACAUGCCGCCUAACGCGAUGAGCAUGAGCAACAACAUGAUGGGUGGUGGCGGUCGCAUGCCGUACAACAGUAACCAACGGAACCCAAUGCCGAACAUGCAUCCGAACAUGAAUCCGCAGGCUACCAUGGGACUGGGCAGCGUCAGCGCUCAGCCGCCGCCAACCAUGGCAGCGCCAGCUCCAGUGCCGCGGCCCCUUUCCGUGCCUCCGGCAGCCGCAGCCCCGUCUUACAUCACGAAGAACACGCCCCGCGCCGUGAUGGUGGUCGGUUACAAGAAGACAGGCAAGACAAGCGUUGCGCAGGCGAUUGCGAAAAGGGAGGGAUUCGAGUACGUAUGUCUCAAGUCGUCACUGCAGCAAUCCGCCGCCCAAGCACCAGGCGGUGAGGAAGCCGAGGAAGCCGAAGAGGAGGAUAUAAGCCCGCUGGAACGACUGGCGCCACUGCGUGCGGCGCUGGAGAAGAAAUCCGCAAUGAAGGGGAUGGUCAUCGAUGAUGCCUUCUCGACCAACAAGUUCCAAGCUCACUACGUGGUGCACUACCUCGUCAAGGCGGGUCUGCAGCUCGACGCGGUUGUGGCCCUCGUGCCAGAGCUGGCGUCGCUGGUCGAGCGUGGGGUAAGCUUCGCGAAGUCGAACGCCAAGACGAUGCACCCGGAAGCGUUCGAGUUUGCCUCGAGCCUCGACCCCGAUAGGGUCAUUGUUGUGGAUGAGGACUUAAAGUUGGAAGUGCUCGCGGAGAAGGCGGCAGCUGAGGUGUCGGCGCUGCUGAAAAACAACGACGCAGCGAUCAAGCUGGAGCAGGAGUACUUCAUCCCCAGCUGCCCCAUGGUGACCGACGCGGAGCUGGUGGAGCAGAUUCUAGAGGCGGAGCGUAGCGUGGUGAAGCGUCCGCUGCCGUACACAUUCACGUACUCGGAGCCGAACUACGUGCUUGACUACGUGCAGUUUGUGCAGUCGGCUGCAAAGCUGCAGCACUACCUUGUCACACCGUGGAUCUGGGGAGAUAAGCUGUCGCUGAUUGGUUAUGAAACGAGCGUCUACGUCCACCUAACAUCCUACAAUCUUCUGUUCAAGUUGAACGACGUGCCAGCGGUGAUGCAGGAGCUCCUCAAGAAGCUCAAGAGCGAGGCGGAGGCAUCAGGGGCGGAGGAUCCAGCGUCGCAGGUGCUGUUCUGUGUCGAGGCGUCCAUGCUGGACGAUGUCAUCUACAUCUCCGACAUGAUGAUCAUCGGCAAGCAGCAUGGUUCGGAGAUGCUGCUGCACGAUCGUGUGAAGCUGUUGUCCGACUCAUUCGGCAAGCUGCCAAGCAACAGCUCGGUGCGAUUGCUGGAGCACUACCCUGUCUGCGACAUCAAGACAUGCCUAGAAGCGUACAAGGACGUCAGCCGCGGUGCGAUUUUUGUCAACCCUGACGGGAUCGAGUACGGCCGCUACGACGUGCGCAACUUUGUGUACCCGUCGGAAAUCAAGAAGACGGUGCGGCUGCGCAUUUGGGCCGGUAGCAUGACCGACGGCAUGUGGAGCUUCGACGGCUACGUGCGCGAGUACGAGGACGAGGUGUUAGCGACAAGCCGCACCACCGGCGCCAGCAACCUCCCGGUCAUGAUUAGUGACGCGAACGUUGACACACACAUGAUCAACGACGGCAACAUCGUCGAGUGUGUGAUGGAGAAGACGGCCACCAAAGGCAAGUCGCGCGAGAAGAGUGCGGUGCUGACAUUUUGCCGCCGCUGCAAGUGGGAAAUGACACCCAUCACUCAAUUUUACAUGUGGGCGUUCGCUGAUCCGCCGCAGUGGUCGACGGAGUCCUUCCUGGACGCCUGCUCCACCAUCGCGUCAGUGCGGCCGACCGUGUAG